GCCCUCGCGUGACGUCACCCGACGCUAAGGCCAUGGCGGGCGCGUGCUGAGAGAAUGCGGGAGAAGCGUGUGUUUGUGCCGCGGGUAGACACGCUGGAAGGGUUCAUUGUGGUUUGGGCAACACGCAGAUGACCACAGACUGAUGUCUGAGCUCGCAAAGUAACCUCGAAAUGGACUGUCACGGUGGCAGAGCCGCAGAGAGAGCGCAGCCGCGCGCCGGAAACCCGCUCGAGCCGUCGCGCGCCGCGAACGCGCCGAGCCAAGAUGGCGAACCGAGAUCCGACUGUGAGGAAGAAUCAGCGGCGGAAUUUCGGGACGCACCGAGAGUCAGAGGCUCAGACACGAAACGCGGUUCCUCUUUUGUGGCUAAUAGAUUAGCCGAGGAACCGCCGCGGCUCAACUUUCAGAUACCGAGGAGGAACAAAGAAAAGAGAGCUCUGUUCCAGUACUUGUCCUCAGAGUCCAGAGAGUUUGCAGAAAUCCUCAACAUAAUCACCUCUAGCUACAAGGAUCCUGCCUCAAAAGCGAACUUUGUGUACUCCAAACCUCGCCUCGUCCACACCGAGCCUCUGGAGAAAGAAUUCAUUGAGAAGAGAAAAGAGCUGAAGCAGGAUGGACGCACUGACAAAGAACUGGCGGAGUCCUUUUGCUUCCUGCUUUCUGACAAGGUCCCUUUGGUUUGUGAAAAAGGUUUAUCAGUUGGCAACAGCUGGUUGAGCCUUUUGGGACAUUCCACUAAAGGCGUUUACUUGUGUCAGUUCUCCGACUUGCUGCAAACCAGUCCCCAUGAGCCUGGCUUCACUGGAGAGAUAAUCAUCUUUAAAGUGAUAAAGGGUAAAGUAAAGAGCAUACAUGAUAACAUGUUAAGAGGUUUGGACCCUACACCCAAAUUUGACAGCCAUUUCUCUAAGAAUGCCAACAGGGUGACAUCCCUGACGUCUUACAAGGCAUUCGAGUUUACUCAGCAAUAUUUCUAUGAGUAUGUGGAUUAUGAGCCUGCAUCCAGGCCAAGGCAUGUGUGUCCAUAUGCUGUGGUUUCUUUUCAGUUUAAAGCCAAAGAGGCUAUAACAGCGGGCCCCAAAGCCUCGCCUCUGCAGAGGUCCAACAGCCUGCCAUCAGGAACGGGUAGAGAAAGACAUGGCUACACUGUCUGGAAAGGACACUUUGUGAAUAGAGGAAGGGAAGUGUAUCAAGCAAGCCUUCAUUCCAUUUCUCAACCUUUUCUACCUUUCAAGAUACCAGACAGGCUGGAGUUGGGUAAAGUCAUGAGACUGGACCAAGUAAAAGGGUUAAUUCCAUCUACACUUUUCUCAUGGGACCUUUACUCCGGCAGCCAUGAAGUAUUCAAGAGUGGAAUGUACUGCAGUCUGUUUGAGGUUGUGGCGGAGAAAAACAAAUCAGGAGAGGGCCUGGCUGAGUUGUUUCAGGAACUUGAAAAAAAGGGAUUGGUAUUGAUGAAUAUGGUGAACGACAAAGGUUUUCUCUUCUUUCUGUCUUCAGGCCAAAUGUCCAACUCAAACGAACGCAGAGCAGGUUGGAAAACAUCUUCUCAAGCUCUUUUCAUCUAUCGCCAUUCACGGGAUGUGUCAAAAUUCUCUCCUGAACCCCAUACUGCCCGCACACCCUUGACCCCGGUGCCCCAGGACCCUGUAAUGCCACGCCUGAAUAGCUUCAUCCCAGCAUACCACUACGCUCUCAGCAAAGUGCGCUGUAACCCUCCAGCUAACUUGAGUGCUGGAGUGGAGCAGCAGGCCCUCGAAUACCUCGGCAGCCUCCACGAAUCCAAACCCAUCCAGCGAGUCCGACUCGACUACGACAUCAAACUGGACGACAGGGAGAAACUCUUUCCUGCUCCAAGGCAGAGAUUCAAAUGGGAAAGCUACAUUCAUUCCUACUUUUACAGCCCCGGUCUGUACACGAUGCCUGUUGAAAAAGCAAAGAACAUGGUCGAGAUGUUCAGGUGUGUUCUCGAGUCUAGUACCUACCCAGAGACCACAGACACUUCCCAGGCUCAUAGUGACCCAGAGGGAAUGAAUGAACUUUUAAAGCUCAUUCAGAUGAAUAAAAUGAAAGAAACCAAACAGAAAGAAGUGCCAUUGGAUACUCAUGGUUUAAAGAGGAAGUUGGAGGAAGAGGUGCAGAACGUAAGUGCAAAGUGUUCGAGGAUGGCCGCGCCCAGCAAUGGAGAACCUGAAGAAGGUCAAGCUGAGAAGUCCUGUCAGUCUCUGGCUGAUGUGUUGACCAGCAUUGGCCUUCAAGACACUGACCUCAGGAAGGACAAGACUCAGGGGACACUGAAGGUUGUGGAGUUACUGGACAAGCUCAGCAAAACCACUCAGGAUACAGACUUGAGGAAGGACAACACUCCAGUAGCACUGGUUAGCAAGAUGCUGGACAAUCUAAACAAAACUUUACGCAGCUCAUUUUUGACUAACGCUGAUGGAGAACUGGUAAAGAGCAGUGAAGACACUGAAAAGACUCUACAGGACAGCAUGACCAGCCUGGGUCUCCCAACCAACUGCGACACUGACCUUCGGAAUCGAUUCACGGAUGACGACGAUCAAGAAGCACAAGGAAAAAAUGAUCUUGAGGAAGAAACUGCUGGUAGCUUGAGUAGCCUGGAGGCUUUCAGUCCAUGCUCCGAUAGCAAUGGACAACAACGCGGUGACAACCUACCUGGAGAGAGAUCAAUCCCCUGGGUGCUUAUUCCCAUAACAGGUCUGAAGACUGAGAGAUACAGCCAUAGAAGGGACAGGAAUCUCGAGGAUCCUCGUUUCAUUCAAAGCCCCACAGUGUCCACUCACACCAGUCCGGAGACACAGGAUGUCACACCUCCUGAUCAUCCUGACAGCAGUAACGUGGAGGCUGAACCCGAGAUUGACUCAGUGGAAGAUCAGGACAUGGAUGUCUCUGAUGAGCUAAAGGUUUCUGAUAGUCAGGAGCAGAGAGGGACACCAUUCAGCGGUGUUGACUGCAUAGUCGAUGAGCAAAUCUCCGGCUUCUCCGCUGAGGUCGAGGAUCUUUUGCGAGAGGAACGUGUGUACUACAUUCCCUAUUCUAGCUCUCAAACCCAGAGAAAUCCACCACAGACACAUAUGGUACCUUUCUCUGAGUACGUCUUGCAUUUUAACACACCGUUUCCCGUGCACAGCUACGUUAACUCAUUCAGAGAUAGCGUAAGUGCUUUCUUGGAUCCCCGGAAGAAUAGACGGGAUAGCACGACAUUCGUUUCUUCUUCAGCUCCUGAAGUUCUUCCUGUCUCUUCUUCUCCUCUCAUUAAUGCACCUGCUCACUCUCCCAGCGCUGUCACUGCAGUGAAACCCGCAAUUACCUUUAAUUCUCCGACCCCCAAAGAGGACCACCAGCAACAUUUGCAUGAUCUGCAAAUUAUAAAUGGGCUAACGCAGGCAGAACAGAGCGCAGUGAUGUGUGAAAGGCUUGGCUCCCAACAAGGCGAGACUUCGAACGCAUCCAUUAGCAGUCGAGUGAUCACGGAUGCAGGAGAAAGCAUGGCUAACAGCAGGCCGACAAACAACGACGCGGCUACACCUAUAGAACCGGCUCCAGCUGCCAUCAGCAACCUUAUUAGUCAACUACAACCUGAGGUGAUCAACAACCUAGUGAAGAUCAUGAGGGAUGUGCAAAAGAACACCGUCCACUUCUACAUCCAUUGUGUGGAUGAGGAGAGUGAUGUGUGCUGGGAAAUAAAGGACUAUUUAACGAGGCUUGGCAAUCCAGAGUGCGAUCCUCAGACCUUUCUUGAGAAAAAGGACAGUCAAGACAAACUCCUGAUAGUCAUCCAAAAUAUAGACAUUGCUGCUCACAUCCAUAAGAUUCCUGCAUUAGUGUCUCUAAAAAAGCUGCGAUCAGUAAGCUUCGCUGGAGUAGACAGUCUUGAUGACAUCAAGAAUCACACCUACAAUGAACUGUUUGUUUCUGGCGGCUUCAUCAUCUCUGAUGAAUUUGUCCUUAAUCCUGACUUCAUCACACAGGAGAGACUUCAGGCUCUUCUCCAAUAUCUUGAGGAGCUUAACACACCUGAGAGUCCAUGGAGAUGGUGGGUGCAUUGUAAAACUCACAAAAAGGUCAAAGAGCAAAGCAGGUGUAAAAGUGAAGCCCUGAACGUACUGAACCUCCUCACGACCUACCACAAGAAACAAAUAGUCGAGUUUCUGUCAUACCAUGAGUGUGAUGCUCCGUCGCACCAAGCACCUGACCUGGACUGUCUGGUGAAGCUUCAGGCUCAGAACAUCCGGCAGCGCCAUGUAAUAUAUCUCACAGAGCGUCGAUUUGAGAUGUUUCCACAUUAUUCUAACAGUGGCAUCGUUAUUGCAAACAUUGAUGACAUCUUGUAUAGUAUGGCCAGUCUGAUUGGUGAAGCAGGUGACAAACCAGCAUCCACAGAUCUGCAUUCCUGUCCCACAUCCCCAAUAUUGAGGGAAGAGGACAUGGGACUAAGCGCUGAAAUUCCCACCAUAGACAGGACAUCUGCCUGUGAUGAAAAACCGUCUGUCUGUACAGACAUACAUCCUUGUUCUCUAUCUGACCAUACAGUAAGAGACAAAACGACGAUAGUUACUUUACCUUCACCCACCACUGGGAUACCAAGGGAGUUAGAUUUUGAAGCUCUCAGAGACGUAAUUUCCCAUUUCAGAAAUGCCAGAAUGCAAGCAACUUCCCGCACAGGCCAGAUAUCACCAGGAUCUUUCAGGACCGAUCCUCAGCAAAGCUUCCUCGGACAGAGCAAUGGGCUUUCGUCUGUUCCUCAGGGCCGUUCCGAAGAUGACAGUCUUUCAAAUCAGUCUGCGUCCUCAUUUCGAGCUUCUCAAGGGGCUGCGGCCUCACAGGCUAUGAGUCAAAUGGAGGAAGUCAGGCAAAGAGAGCAAAUUCAUGCAGAAACUGUGUCUGCUUCAGAACGUGUCAUCGGGUCACAGGCUCAAGAUCAGGUUGGCACUGGAACACAAGAUGGCAUGGCUGGGCUAGCUUCUGUAGUCAUAGAGACCACCAGCAAUUCAUGUAGUGACAUAGAACCUACCUGGAAUCGCACAACUGACAGUGACAUUGCUGCUGAAACCCCAAUAAAUCUGAACAUCAGUGGUACUGACAGUGGCUUGAAUCAGGAGAAGGAUGCAUCAGAACAGGGAACCCUGAAAAACCUGAUGCCCACUACGAGCUCAUCUAGCACCAAGUCUGCAGAUAAUACUGUGACUAGCAGGAACUACGGUAGCCGAGGUGGUAAACGGCCAGUGCCUGGACGGUCGCCUUACGGGAUGAAUACUUUAAUCACAAUGGACAGAAUGCUGCAGAGCGGCAGUUUGUGGCCUGCUUCUCAAGCGCCUCAGAACAGCACUAUGGGACUCAGAUCCCAGCUACUGCACAGCUCAGUGGCCAACACAUUCACACAUUCAGGCCUAAGAAGCCUUUUACCUAGCAGUAACAUGGCCUGGAACAAUUUGGCGCAAGGGACAGCGACCAACGUGUGGGGAAUUCAGCCAGGUGUAGGACUAGGACAAGUGCACCGGACUCAGUUUAUCCAGAGCUAUGCCUUGCAUGGGAAUCCAGCAUUCCAAGGCAAUGGACAUCCUCCACCUCGAGGAGGCUAUGGCGGCUGGUGAGCCAGCGCUGCCUGUACAUAGUUACAUUUUGAACAUUUUUUACGUUCUUGGACUGAGAAAGUUAAAUACCAUUCACUACUGGAUGUGCAAGUCCUUGUAUCAUUUCACAUUUUGUACAGACCCCUAUAUUUGUAUUUAAAAAUUUUGUUGAAUUGUCUGGAUUAUGUUUCUUUUUGGAAAACACUACAGGCAAUUACGGCCUUGCUUUUAAUGUUAACCUUUUUUUAAGCUAUAAAGGAAGUGCAUUAAAGCAACUGUAGCAGCUGAUUGUUAA